AUGCGUUCCCAUCAAGAAGCUUGCUUCAACAAGCAUCACACUCUGAAGAUGUUCUCUCAAGCCCUGGUUCUGUUCGGUUUAGCCACUGUUGUGCUCAGCGCAGUGGCGAAAGAGCCGGUAGCCGUCACAUCGGCAAAGUUCGACUCGAGCCCAGACGGCUCCUUCGAGUGGAGCUACGAGUCAGCUGAUGGCUCCAGUCAGCAGCAGGAGGGCAGGCAAAUCAACGAUGGCCAAGCUGUCCAAGGAGUAGCUCAAUGGGUCGAUCUCGAAGGAGCUCCGCAUGUUCUCCAGUACGUUGCUGACCAGGAUGGCUACAAACCAUCCAGUGCUGACUUGCCGGUCGCUCCUCCCAUUCCUGAAGCCAUUGCAAGGAGCAUAGAGUGGAAUGCCGCUCAUCCCAACGAAAAGUAGGUGCCUCUAUCAAAGUUGGACAGUUUUGGUACAAAAUCUGUAGUUAGUAGCCAGUAAAGAUGCAAUAAAACCCCAAAUUGACUCGUUA